CUUGCUAGUGUCUCUUCCAUCCACGCCGCACUUUAUUCGCUAAAAGCGAGACAUACCUGUGGUUAGUCGUUUGGCGAUGAGAUGAAAGGGAUAAGUUCGCCGAUGUGACCUGAACCAGGCAGUUGGUUACCCAAGGUAGUGCAAGGAUGCCGCGCAUACGCAAACAGCGAUUCGGUGGCGCUUCAGCCAAGCUUGCGGCCUGCUUUGACAUCCUGCUGUCUGGAGCUCCAGGCGAAUGCUUGGCUGGCGAGUUGGGUUGCUGCGCCGACAGCUGCUGCUCCUCUGCCGCCGUGUCACGAGCCCUGGCCGAGUACUGCCAGCACAGCGCGGCAGCGCGGGAGGCCUUCGUGGCAGGCAGGGGCCUGGAGGCGAUGCAGGCCGCGCUCACCCGGGGCAGCCCGGCGGUGGCCGCCGCAGCUGCUCGGGUGCUGGCGGCGCUGUGCGGCAGCACUGACGGACUGCGCCGCUUGCUGCAUUGGCAGCGCACCCAGCCCGGCAGCAGCGACCUGCUAGCCCAGCUGGCUGCCGCGGCUGGGGGCGGCAGCGGCGGCGGCCUGCCUCCCGACCUGCGGGCGGAGUGUGUGGAGGCGUUGCGGGCGGCGCUGGGGGCGCUGCACGGACCCGCGGCGGGGGGCGGCCUGGAGCUGGCGGCAGCGCUGCAGGAGUCUUUGAAGAGCUCUCCUGACUCCCGCCCGCCUAGCACCAGCUCCGCCGCCUCUGCUACUGCUGCUGCCGCCGCCGCUUCUGUUGCAGCCACCCGGGCCCCAUGCGACCUCAUCAGUCGGGUUGCCGUACCCGCCCUCCUGACGCC